AUGUUCCCAGGUCAUCCGAAUCUCAACCUCACGGCCGAAGAGAGACGAGUCUAUGGGCAACUCCUGAAAGAGGCAGACCCUGAUGGCUUUGGAGCUGUUUCUGGAGACGUCGCGGUCAAAUUCUUCGAGCGCACCAAGCUUCCACCGGAUGUGCUAGGACAGAUCUGGCAGAUCGCCGACACAGAAAACCGAGGCUUCCUCACGCCGGCAGGCUUCGGCGUAGUUUUGCGGCUCAUCGGCCACGCGCAAAAUGGCCGUUCACCUUCUGUGCAAGUUGCAACGCAGGUUGCGCCCCUACCUCGAUUUGAUGUCGCUAAACCUGAACCACCAUCGCAACCGGCACCACAACCCGUAGCCCAGCAAUCGACCGGUCAACCUCCCUCGAGCCCGCCUCCUACGGGUGCUCCUCCUAUUCGUGUACCGGCACUGAGCCCGGAGAAAAUUGCGGAGUAUUCAUCCCUGUUCGAAAAGUCGGGCGCUGAGAACGGCUUGUUGUCAGGCUUAGUUGCUAAGCAGAUAUUCGAAAGAGCAAGACUGCCAAAUGAAGUGUUGGGCAGAAUAUGGGGUCUCUCAGAUACUCAAGGUCGGGGGGCCUUGGACGUCACCGAGUUUGUGAUUGCCAUGCAUCUGCUGGCAUCUUACAAGUCUGGUCAAAUGCGCGGAGUCCCCAGCACACUUCCUCCAGGUCUCUUCGAAGCCGCAGCGCGACGACCACCUGCUCGUGUAGGUAGCGGGUCGCGUCCAGGCUCCGGGGCCAUCCCUGCAGUCUACAAUGCGCGGCCGCAAAGCCCGAUUACGAGAGCGCCACAAGUAGGUACGCCGCUUCCGUUGUCUGCGCAGUCAACGGGAGAACCAUGGGCUAUCAGUCCGGCCGAUAAAGCUCGCUUCGACUCCAUCUUUGCUACAGUCGACCGCCAAGGGAGGGGAUUUAUUACUGGCGAGCAAGCAGUCGAGUUUUUUGGUAAUGCUAGGCUCCCCGAAGAGAUUCUCGCGCAGAUUUGGGACCUGGCCGACAUCAACUCGGAGGGCCAACUGAACAGGGACGAGUUCGCAGUAGCCAUGUACUUGAUCCGGCAACAACGUGGCACUAAGGACGGACGUGGUAUCUUGCCGUCUACUCUGCCUCCAGCCCUUGUUCCUCCCAGUAUGCGGCGACAGCAGAUUGCGCCGCCUCAGCCGACUGCGCCAGCGUUCGAAAAUGCAGCUCCGACAAAGCCACGUUCCGCUGCUGAUGACUUGUUCGGUCUCGACGCGUUUGGUCCACCGCCAGUCGCUGCCGCAGCUGCGUCCCCUCAAAUCCCCCAAUCUACUGGCGGGACCGAUGCUGGACCUUUCGCUAAUCCUCCAGGUGUACUUACGCCACAGAUGACUUCUACAAACUUCAAACCGUUUGUGCCCACUAGCUCGUUCGGCCGUGGUAUUAUUCCUCAACCGACAGGAUCUCCUGCGCCGCAGGUCCAAGCGCCAGCCGAAGAUCUUCUCGGCGACGCAGAUCCAGUGGUCAAUUCGAGAAUUACGAACGAGGUUAGCGAGCUGGGAAACCUGUCCAACCAAGUCAGCAGUCUGUCCAAGCAAAUGACAGAAUUACAUGGGGAAAGGAAGACGACCGAGCAAGAAUUGAACAGUACAACGGCGCAAAAGAAGGCCUUCGAAGGCCGCUUGGCCCAACUCAGAUCAUUGUAUGAGAAGGAGGUCCAAGAAGUCAAGGCGCUUAGGGAACAGUUGACCACCUCGAAGAAUGAAGUCAAAAGACUCCAGGCGGAUGCGGCCAUGAUCGACGGUACACACCAAGACCUAUCAACACAACACCAACAACUUCGCGCUGCUUUAGAGUCAGAUCAACGAGAGAACGCUUCGCUCAAGGAGCGCAUACGACAGAUGAACCAAGAGAUUGAACAGCUAAAACCGCAGCUGGAGAAGCUGAAGUCCGACGCGAGGCAACAAAAAGGUUUAGUCGCCAUCAACAAAAAGCAGUUGGCUACUAACGAAGCCGAGCGAGACAGAAUCAAAGCUGAAAUAGCUGCCGCCCAGAAGGAAGUUGAAGAUGCUCUGCGCGAGGCGGAAGAAUCGGCCCGGCAACUGGAGGCGUCGAGGAAGGAGUUGGAGGAGGCCCGUAACAUCCCUGUUCCGACUAUUCAAAGCCCUCCUGUUGCAAGCCCAGCACCAUCGACAAACUCGAAUCCAUUUUUCAGAAAAAACACAGACACGACAUUUUCGCCUCCCAUUGCGGAAACCGAACCAAAGGACAGCCAGAGUGCUUUUGACAGUAUCUUUGGCCCUUCAUUUGCUACCGCCGCAGCGCCCGCACCAGCUACCUCAUUCUCGAGCCAAGCGUCACCACCUCCAGCACACCAAAGUCCUCCUCGGAUCGAGUCUCCGGAUGUCUCGUCCACGCCUAGAGAUCUUGAGCCCCCCGCUCCACCUCAGUCCCGACAAAUUAGUUCUGCUGCACUCCCUUUUCGCAGACCUCUCGAGAGGGAGGAUUCGGUCAGUUCGUCCGUCAAAGUGGCAGGACCAACCAGUCGAGUGAGCCCCAAUGACACUCCGCAGGCAUUGACCCCCACGGCGUCAACUGCCAGUCCAGCAGAUCAUAAGGACCCGGAAGAAGAUCCGUUCACAGCCGCAGCGCCAGAUGAGGAACAAGAGUCUGUGCGACGGACAUUGCCUCAGCCCUUCGCUGGUGAAGCUUCCGUUGAAGAUACCUUUGGCAAACCUUCCGCUGAAGACACUGGAGAAAUCCCUGGCGCCUUCCCCGAUUCACGAACACAGACCCCAGGGGCGGAUCCGCUCUUCACCGCCACCGGGACUGGGCCUGCCACAACUGCUGCGGAAGGGGUUUCCGCCACCACCACAAAUGGCGACAGACCAAGCAAUACACAGCCUUCGAGCACCUCCAAGAGCCCAGAGCAAAACUUCGAUGAUUUCUUUGGUGGACCUGCCCAUCAACGUUCGGCAUCACAGAAAGCUGCUGAUUUCGAUUCUGCCUUUGCCGGCAUUGGUUACCCCAAAUCUGGUGGCGCCGACGAAUUUCCAGCCAUUCAGGAACUUGGCGGAGACGACGACGAGAGCAGCGACUACAGCGAGGAUGAGACGCCUAUGAAGUUUGACGACGAUUUCAACGCGAGAUCACCGCCACGAGAUAGCCCAACAGAUGCCAAAGCAGGGAAGCAGCCCGAAAUCCCUCCAUCUAACAAUUCCUUGGCUCCUCGUCCGCCUCUCGGUGGGCCUGCGUCGACAGCAAGCUCGUUGCCAGGUCCAGAUUCGCAACAGUCACCACCUACGUAUGGUGAUUCUGUCUCUAAUGACAAUCCUACACAUUUCCCUCCAGAAUUCAAGGGACUGCUGCCGGAGCGGGAGGAUCCUACUUCACCACCUCCUACAGCUGGUGGCUCCACUGACCCUGUAUCGCCACCGAGUGGGAAUCCGCCGGCUUACGGGCCCGAAGCUCAUCCAAGGAGUCCGUCAGAUCACAAUGCCGACGCACCACCGCCGACCAAAGCCGCGCCAUUUGAUUUUGAUUCUGCGUUUUCAGGAGUAGGAGCGGCACCUAUCGAAGAUGACGAUGACGACGAGGAUGAAGGGUCUGUUUUCAGUCGGCCCAAGAACGGCACGGCCGAUUUCGACCCAACAUUUGACUCACCUCCGCGUCCUACCCAUCAGCAAUUUCCAACACCUGGGCCUGUCACUAAUGGGGCGCCAAAGUCAGCUCCUGACGACUUCUAUUCGGCCGUGACCGCGCCCCAUCCCCCUCAACAAGCGCAACAGCCCACACCGCCUGCCAACCAUGACUGGGAUGCACUCUUCGCACCAUUGAACAACAAUGCUCCUUCGCAACCAGUAUCGGACUUUCCUCAAAUCCAGACGCAAGCCGCAGAAGUGCCUUCACCCUCGCCGCCACAGAUAACAUCGGACAAUCCGACGCCCGCCCGGGCUCCCGCUUCCGCUGUACCCGCAGCUGCAUCACCGCCAGCAGCCUCGCUGCAACCGAAGCCGCAGCGUCCGCAGCCGGGUCGUGCCCUUAGUACAGGCACUGAGCACGACGAUCCGAUUCUCAAGAGAUUGACUGCGAUGGGUUGGACGAGAGAAGAGAGUCUCGCAGCACUGGAGAAGUUCGACUACAAUAUCGACAAGGUAAGCAACGUUCUGUUUUUGUAUCACAAGGGCACGGAAGGCAUAAUAUCUUCUCCGUCCGGUGAAGUUGUCGUUGAAUGGAUGUACUCGAGCUUCUGCUGA